UUAUUUAACUUUUUGUUCUGGCAAUAUUGCUAAUAUAUUGCACGAUUUUUGGAAAUUCGGAAAUUUUUACAUAUAAUAAAAAAAGACUUUUCUUAAUGAUGGAUAAUGAAUUAAAAGGCAAAAUUGAAAGCUGUAGUCGAACGGCCGAGGACUUUACAAAACUUUAUUAUCAAUCUUUUGACAAGAGAAGACAUCAAAUAAGCCGCCUUUAUUUGGAGAAUGGUCUUUUUGUAUGGAAUGGCAACGGCGCAUCAGGCAAGGACAACAUACACAAGUAUUUCAUUGAGCUUCCUUCAUCAGAGCACAACAUAUCUACUCUUGAUGCCCAACCCAUAGUUGAUGAAGCUGUGGCUGGCCAAUUAACGUAUUUAAUUCAAGCAGGAGGCACGGUCAAAUACACAGAUCAGCCAAUAAAACCAUUUCAGCAGACCUUUAUAAUUACAGCGCAAGAUGACAAGUGGAGAAUUGCAAGUGAUUGUUAUCGUUUGCAAGAUGCUUUGGUGACGCAGGGAAAAUAAUUAUGUGCAUUUAUGUUAAGUUAGGAAUACUUUUUCGAAAUAAUAAUAAAUUUUUUGUAAAUCA